GUCCCAUAUAAAAGGUCCACGCUUCUUUUACAGUCACCUCUCUUUCACUCUCUCUCACUCACUCUCUCGGCAAAUGGACCCACUUUGGUAAAAUCAAAACCAGCAAAGGCUAAAAUCACAUUUCCCUGAAGAGUAAUAUUUGCCGUUCAAAGGAUACAUUCUCUAUACCAUGAAGAGGUCAUUGCCAUGGAAUGAGCAAAUUGAUGUUAUAUCAUCAGAUGAUUCUUCUUCCUCGGACUCAGAGAUGGAUGGGUGUGAUGGAAAGCAGCCAGUUGAUGAUGAGUGUGACAGCAAGCAGCCAAUCGAUGACGAGUACACUGGCAAAGAAUUAUCAUAUGAAGAUGCGUUAAUCAAAAGUGCAGAAAUGUAUCAGGAAUACAUGAAGCAUAUCCCAAUUCCAACACACCGUGGCUCUGUUAUUCCAUUUACCUCAUGGAUGGGAUUAGGCAAAUCCAUUAAGCAGUUAUACAAUCAGCCCUUGCACUACCUCACCAAUAUUCUCCUAAAACAGUGGGAUCAAUUGAGGAUUGGCAGUGAGGAUGAAUGUAAGCCUUUGGAUACCUUAGUUCACCCUUGUAAAGCUGAAGCCACCAUCUGGCUUAUUGAAGAAGUCCACCGGCACACCUCAUCUCAUCUUCAUUUAGCCAAACUUUGGCUUUCAGACCCAUUGCACCAUACUUUUAUUGAUUCCAUUUUCCCAAAAUUAUGAAACCAUAUACUGAAAGGCCAGGCCCUUCAGUUUUCACUGGCCUUUGCGCUGAUUCUGUAAAAUGUCAUCUACAGCUGUUAGAUUUGAUCAGGACCUGUAUCUAAUAAAUUUCAGUAUGAAAGAGAGCUUUUCUCUUGUUUAUGCAUUCUAUUUUCCCCCUUUA